AUGUUCACAACGCUGACCGCGCCCCUCCCAGCGCCCAGCACGGUGCUGUACGCCCUGCUCGGCGUGCUUGCCCUCGGGCUGGCCACCGUGCUCUACCUGUACCCCUACACCGCGCGCACCAUCCCGUUCCGCAAUCUGCCUGGCCCGGAGCCGGCGUCCGCGCUCUUCGGCUCGCUCCUCACGCAGCAGCGCGCCGAGCCGGGGACGACAUACAGCAAGUGGGCGGCGGCGUACGGCCCGACCCUCCGCUUCCGCUCCAUCCUCGGCUCGUGGCGUAUCGUAUCCACCGACCUGCGCGCCGCCGCAUGGGUCCUCCAGCACACGGGCCAGUUCCACCGCCAGACAGGCUUCAACGCCAUGCUCGACCGCAUGUUCGGCCGCGGCGUGCUCAUGGUCGAGGACGCCGCGCACCGCCGCCAGCGGCGCGUGCUCGCCCCUGCGUUCUCCGCUGUCAACGUGGCCAACAUGAUGCCCGUGUUCUGGGACAAGGCGUACGAGCUCGACAAGAAGCUCGCCCAGGUCGUCAGCGACGGCGAGAAGGGCGGCGCACAGGUCGACAUCCACCUGUACUUUAUGCGCACGGCGCUCGACAUCAUCGGGCUAGCGGGGUUCAACUAUGACUUUGGUGCCGCGGACGAGGCGGACAACCCGCUCAGCAAGUCCAUGUUCGCGGCGACCAACGGCAUCCAGAAGCCGAGCAUCGUGCGCGUGCUCCAGAUCUUCUACCCGGCGUUGUUGCCCCUCCCGACCCGCUUCACCCGCACUCUCGACUCGAACCGCCGUAUCCAGGACAAGGUGGCCCGCGAGAUUGUCGCCGCGCGCAAGGCCGAGUUGCACGACGUCAAGGUCGAGAAGAAGGCGGAUAUCGGCAAGGACGCGAUUUCGCUGCUCAUCAAGGCGAACAUGUCCCCGGAUCUGGAGGAGAGGCAGCGGUUGACCGAUGAGGAGGUGCUGGGGCAGAUCGGGUCAUUGGUCCUCGCCGGCAACGAAACCUCGGCCACGGCACUGGCCUGGACGUGCCUCCACCUCACACAGCACCCCGAAGUGCAGGUCCGCCUGCGCGACGAGCUCGACGGCGUGCCCGAGGACCGGCCGAGCAUGGAGGAACUCCACGCGCUCAGCUACCUCGACAGCGUGGUACACGAGGUGCUCCGCUACGACCCGCCCCUGCCGCAGGUCGUGCGAAUGUGCGUGCAGGACACGAUCGUGCCGCUCUCGCAGCCCGUCAAGGGGGUGGACGGGAAGCUCAUGAGCGAGAUCGCCGUGAGCAAGGGGACCGAGUUUGUGAUCCCAAUCAACGAGAUCAACAGGUCCAAGGAGGUCUGGGGUCCCGACGCGGACAAGUUCAACCCGGACCGCUUUGAGCGUGCGCCCGGCGCGACCGUGCCAGGCGUAUGGGGAAACCUCGUGACCUUCAACGCCGGGCCGCACAACUGCAUGGGGUACCGCUUCGCGCUGGCCGAGAUCAAGGUCAUGCUCUUUGUCCUCCUGCGUAACUAUACGCUCGAGGCGCUGCCGUCCAACCCGCGCAUCGAGCGCCGCGGGCAGGGAUUCGUUCAGCGCCCGUUUGUCGUGGGGGAGGAGGACAAGGGGAUCCAGCUACCCGUCAUCCUGCGCCGGCGUGAGGUGUAG